CUGGACAGGUUUCUGUAUUGCAGACCAUCUCAGAGCAUUUAAUAUGUCAGUGUUUACCAUGAAUCUUCACAACGGGAGCACGGAAUGAGAUAUGCAAAUAUCUUUGACUCGCAAGCUCUGCCCCAGCUGCCGCCGCCACCAGCGUGACCUUACCUUCUGGAGCUGGCGUGCCAAGGAACGCACCCUGGGAAAUGGUGCUUCGGAAGCGCGUGCUUGCCCACUCUGCCGGGUGGCUCGGGUGGCACCACCGAGGAGGCUUUGACCUCACCCCCCUCCUUCCAUGGAAGUUGAAAAAAAAAAGAGCAAAGUGUGCCCGACUGGACACCGUCGUUUCCAAGUAUCCGGCAGCUAAUGCAUACACUCUCCCGUCAUGUCUGGUCUCCAAGAAAGACUUCAGCAAUUGCUAUUCCAGAAUGUUCCAGUUGCCAAGCUUUGGGAAAGUUCUCAAAACUGAAACUCCUGCACCAAACCAUUACAAUGCCUCCGUCUCGUGCUGCAAGCAGAGGAACAACGUCAGUGCCCGGGCCGGCUUCGUGUCCAAAACCCAGAGAGGAUUCUGCACUGCUGCUGAAAGAGCACCUGCCCCAGGUUAUUAUAAUAUCAACGAAUCCCUUGUGAAACCAUCGCCAAAGGUGUUAAUGUCCUGUUUUAAAUCAAAAACUGGCCGUGGAUUCAAAGCGACGUCAACAGGCCCAGGACCCGCUUAUUACAACCCGAAUGAGCACAUCAAAAUUCCAACAAAGACUGUCAUCCCGAGAAACUCCAGCCUGAAGUUCUCCGCCCCGCCUCUGCCCCUGCCCCCGAGGCCGCCUCUCCCAGGCCCUGGUCAGUAUGAGAUUGUGGACUACAGCGGCCCCCGCAAGCUGUUCGUCUCCAGCGCCUCGUUCGUGUCCAACACCAGCCGGUGGACGGCGGCGCCGACCCAGCCCAGCCUGCCCGGCCCAGCCACGUACCAGCCGGAGUUCCCUGGCAAGCAGUCCUUUCUCUACAACGAGGACAACAAGUGGAUCCCGGUGCUGUAGAGGCCUCGGAGGGCCGUGGGGAGAGCCCCAGCCACCAGCCACCCCGCCCAGGUUCCCCGGACAUUCAUUCAGAGAAUGUGCCUUUUACCUGCGACAGCUGAUGAGUUCCACCACCCCCAUGUCUGGUGCUACAGCUGCGCUGCUGCAUUUGUCCUGGCCCCCAGCUGCCUCCUGGAGACUGGGCCCCCACCCUCGCCAACCCCUUGGUCUCCUCAACAUAAACGAGGAGCGGACGGAGCCACGGGUCCAGCAAACUGUUGCCAGAUGUGCAGGUUUUUCAACAGCAUCUGGGAAGCUGUAAAGAUGUGCAGCCUCUUCAUUUGAGAUGUUCACAACCACAUUCCAAUUUAAAUUUUUUUUGUUCAGGCCAAAGGAAAUGCCUCUGCAAGCCAUCAGUUGUCUCCUUGGGUGCUAGACGGUCUGGAAGGCCCUUUCAAAGCUGGCACUUAGAGCUGUGCCUUUCCUUGCUCCCAGACUCUUAACAGUGGGGCCAGACCCCAGGGUCUCGGCGCGUAGGUCCCUCUGCCCCUGGAGGACCUUAGCAGGCCGUGGGGCUGGAAGCAGCCAGCCCGUAGGUCACUGUGGGCAGAGGCUGGGGGCGACGCAUGGGAAGACACGACAGGCUCUCCUCCUCCCCUUGAGCGGCGGGGCUGAGCCCUGGCAGGUGAGGACCGUCCCCCCAGAAGGAGCCCCCUCCAAGCGGGGUCAGGUCAGGGAAGAAGGGAGCCUGGGAGGAGAGCAGCAGGGCUGCUCUCGGCCACGCAGGGUCCGUGUUCUGGAGAAGACGUGGCUGCAGCUGAGGCCACGAGCUCCGAGGGGCUGAGUUGCCUCCAUCCCCUCUUAAGAUGACGUAGGCCGCUCGCAGCUCCGUGCAGCCCCCGCCCCCGCCCCGGCCCUCAGAGUUCCGGUUGAAUUGAUCCGAGGGAGGGGCUGUGCAUCGGCAUCUUUAUUCAA